AUGUUGUUCCCCGAAGAAGAUGCGCCGAUGCUGAAGGCGUGGAUUGUCAAGCGCAUCGAAAACACGUCCGACGCAGAUGCCGAUGUCCUUGCCGAAUACGUCAUUGCCCUGCUGAAGCAUGAUGGCGACCGCGAGGCGGUGCGGAAGCUUUGCGAGCAGGAGAUUCCCGACUUUUUAUCAGAAGAUCCCAAGGCCUUCCUCGACGAUGUUUUCCAGGCCAUCACCUACAAGACGUACAUACCUGGCGCUCCGCCGCCGCCGAAAUUUAGUUCCGAACUGCCUCCCACACAGCCCGCUUCCUUCGACAGUGGCGCUCCCAACGGCGGCUCACGGAAACGAGGCUUCCAUGACCGAGACGAGUUCGACGGGCCCGACCCACGAGACGGCUCUAACCAGGCCGGCCGAGCCUAUAAGCAACCUCGUCGCGGCGGGCGUGGCGGGCGAGGCGAUGAUAUGAGAGGUGGUCGCUACGGAGGACCGCCCGGGGCCAUGCAUGGCUUUCCUCCGCAGCAAGACAUGCCGACCUUCGAUCCUAAUAACCCGAUGGAGGCCUUUAUGCAGCUGCAGGCCAUGGGGCUUCAGUACCCAGGUAUGCCCAAGUUCCCGCAACCAUACGGCGGCGGGAGGGGCCAGCCGAGGCGGAAGGGCCGCUGUCGCGACUUCGAUACUAAGGGGUUUUGUUCUCGCGGCAGUACGUGCCAGUACGAUCACGGGAACGAGUCUAUCUUCAUGCCGCAAUCCAUGGGGCUACCUAAUUACGACCCCAGUGAUUCUAUGUUCGCCAUGGCGAAUGCGCAGAACCACAUGAAUCCAUUCGGGUUCCAACCUGACAUGGGCGGCCGUGGCCGAGGGGGUCGCAAAAACCGAGGCCCUAAGAAAGGCGGUGCGCGUGCUCCCUUCUCCGCGGACGGCCCAGUCCAUGAUCGGUCUAAGAGCACCAUCGUAAUAGAGAAUAUCCCGGAGGAAAGCUUCAACGAAGACAUGGUCCGGGACUUCUUUUCCCAGUUCGGCAGCAUCCAGGAAGUGUCGAUGCAGCCGUACAAGCACCUCGCGAUUGUCAAGUACGACAAAUGGGGGUCAGCCAACGCAGCCUACAAGUCGCCAAAGGUGAUAUUCGACAACCGCUUUGUCAAGGUCUUUUGGUAUAAGGACGAGUCGGACAUGCUGCCGGCAUCAGUGCCCGCCAACGGGGGUAACUGGACCGGCGACCCCAGCGCAUCCGCCGACGGCCAGGAGCCGGAGCCGGAAAUCGACAUGGAGGAAUUCCAGCGGAGGCAGGAUGAGGCCCAGAAGCACCACCAAGAGCGGGAGCUCAAGAGGGCGGAGCUGGAACGCCAGCGGAUAGACCUCGAGCGCCAACAACAAGAGCUGCUUGCGAGGCACCGCGAGGAGAACGAGAAGCUCCAAAGGAGGCUCACCGGCCAGAGCAGCGAAGGCGGCGACGCGCCGUCGUCGGGGACAGACAUGCUGCGCGCCAAGCUGGCAAUGCUGGAGCAGGAGGCCAAGAUCCUCGGCAUCGACCCCGACGCCGAGGAUGAUACUGCCAGCUCGUAUCACCCACCCCGCGGCGGAUAUCGAGGACGCGGAGCGCCUCGUGGAAGGGGUUACGCUCCGAGGGGACGGGGCAGCGCCCGGGGCCGUGGCGGCAACAUGCACGCGGCGUAUGCGCAGUACUCAAUCGACAACCGUCCCAAGAAGCUCGCUGUCACGGGCGUGGACUUUACAGCGACCGAAAAGGACGAAGUGCUGCGUCACUUCCUUCUGAACCUUGGCGAGUUUGAAUCCGUUGACCCCUCUCCGUCCGUCACCCACGUCUCCUUCCAAGACCGCAAGACGGCCGAGAAGUUCUACUACUCUCUCCAUGGAAAGGAACUCCCGGGCGUUGACGGCCGCUUGGACCUCGCCUGGGUGUCCACCCCGUUGCCGCCUGUCAGGAUGAACACGGUCGACGACCACAACGCCUCCGCGGCGGCCGCAGCCGAAGACAAGGACGACGUCAUGACGGGCUUCAACGAGCCGUCGCAUGAGGAAGAAGAGCCCAUACGACGGAGGGAAGAGAGGGCGGUGGAUAUGGACUACGAAGUGGCAGAUGAGGAUGGCUGGUGA